CAGCAGCAGCAACAGGCGUUCCAGCACCAGCGAACCCCGCCGCCGCAGCAGCAGCAGCAGCAGCAGGGUGACGGCGCCGUGUCCAUGGCGAGGUCGGGCUCAUCGCCGGGCCUGCGGCUGGACGACGGGCGCUUCGUCAAGUUUGGCGAGCACUCGAUCGACAUCCGCGCGAGCCGCGAGCGGCUACGGCAGGCUCGGGAGGCGGCGGGCGAGAGGUGA